AUGCACAACAUCUGGCCCAUCUUGUUGCUAUUUGAGGCUGUCGUACAUGCGGAUUUUCUGGCGUUGGACAAUAAGUUGUCUCUGAGAUUUAUGCGCAAAGGUCGAUCAUUCUCGAACACGACCACUCCUGGGUUAUUCCUCAACACAACCACGGUCGAUACGUCCUUCUCGACCUUUUUGGAUAUUUAUACACCUCUCACCCUCUUAUCAUCAGAUGCACUCUCGGCCUCUUCUACUACGUCGGAGGGCGCCGACCCCACCACGGAACCCCUCCCAUGUACGGGUUCCGUCACAUAUUAUGGAUCGGUUCCUCCCACUGUCUAUAUCACGGUCACUGAAGGGUUCACUGUGACCAUGACAGCAAGCAAUCUAUCUGUGACGGAAACACCGACUCUGGUUACGCCCUUGCCAGCUUGCUCAGCCACAGUAGUACCCAUGAUUGAGACGUUCAAUCCCAAUAUAGUCUCCAAUUUCAGCACUCCUGCGGUUGAAUCAGGUUACCCUCCUGGAACAUCUCAGACCGGGGAGCCUUCUGUUCUCAAGAGCUCGAACCCAGACAUCACAACCGCGACUAUACCGGGACUGGAGCCACUGGGAUCCUUGGUCCCGGUGGCCUCGUCCCCAGUAUAUUCCAGCGUCGCUUACACAAGUACAGUUAUUGUUACCAAGAAGACACCAGUGCCAUUCGUCGCUCCAUCAACCACCUCUCCCGGCGUCGACUUUCAAUAUCCCACCAAGUCUCCGUCGGCGGAUGGCGGCAGUGGCAUAAGCGGUCACAACAACGACCCUGGUGACAAUGGUAGCGGUGGUGGUGACAACAACAGCAAUGGUGGAGGUAAUAAUGGCGGCGGUGGGGAUAAUAACAGUAACGGUGGCAGUGACGGUGGCAGCAGGGAUCCUACACCGACAACUCGGAGCAACAAUAAUGGGGUUGCUCCAGCUCAACCAGGUGAUGUCGCUCCGUCUUCAGCACUGAACAAUCAUGAUACGAGCUCUGCGCCCAUACAUGGCAACAGCGCGACAAUACCCACUACUCCCGCUGAAGCACCUCCAGCCACUACCAAGUUGGGCGACAUCAUCGCCUCGAUUAUCAAUUCUCGUUUCGCAACAGCGUCGGCAACGGGCCGGUCCCCAACUACAACUUUCACUACCACAAUCAGCGGAGUUCCCAUUGUUAUCCUUCCUUCGGAGGUUAUGGUUGGCAGCCGAACUGUUGCCAUCCCAGCUUCUGGUCCCACGACUGUAGAAGACAACGGGGCUACAUUCACUAUCCGACCUUCCGAGUUCGUUGCACCAGGAGCGACCAUCAAUCUAUUCUCGAUGCAGCGGGACAAACAGACUACUGGAUCUGCACGUCCUGCAACGAUUGUCAACGCUGUAGACGGGUUGACUUUUACUAUCGGUCCAACGGUGGCAAUCAUCUCGGAGACAACAUACAGGAUUGGUCAGGGCGCUCCGACAGCCACCAUUACUGUGGAUGGAACAGUCGUCUCCGUCGGUCCAAACGGGGUGGGUCUACCACGCGCUACUUUAACCCCAAGUGAUAUCACAGAGAUGCCCGGUGUUGUAUAUACAGCGGAAGGCUUGACAUUUUCGGUGGGCAGCAACGAGGCCGUCAUCAGUGGCACGACCUAUCGUAUUGGGUCCGGCGCUCCUGCACUGACAACGACCAUUGGAAGCCAAACUGUGUCAUUUGGGGUAGGAGGAAUUGGCCUCGGGUCCACUACCAUCGCUCCAACAACAGGGCCAACAACAGGGCCAACAACAGGGCCAUCUUCAAGUGCACAGAGCCGGUCUGCACCCACGUCUGUUUCCGCCUCGGCAACGCAGACUGCGGAUGAGUCGAAUGGUGCCUCGCCCGGGAUGGACAUAUUGCGACCAUGGCUGUCGGGGUGCUGUUUGGUGGCCAUUUCUGCUGCAUGGCUUGUCCUUUGA